GUGCGGGGUGCGGUUAAAAGGCGCCGCAGCAGCGGGCAGGUGGAAGUCUCCGGCGCCGGCCCAGCUCUCCCGGCCCGGCCAGGACCGGCCUGCGCCCCGGACCUCCCGGAGCCCCCGCAACCCCCACACCCAUCUCGGAUUCCGCCGCAGGACACCUAGGACCCCGAGAAGAUGGACUGGAGCGCGUUGCACACCAUCCUAGGUGGGGUGAACAAGUACUCCACCAGCAUCGGCAAGAUCUGGCUGACGGUGCUGUUCAUCUUUCGUGUCAUGAUCCUGGUGGUGGCGGCCAAAGAGGUGUGGGGGGAUGAGCAGGCAGAUUUCACCUGCAACACGCUGCAGCCGGGCUGCAAGAACGUGUGUUAUGACCACUUCUUCCCCGUCUCCCACAUCCGCCUGUGGGCACUGCAGCUCAUCUUCGUAUCCACACCCGCACUGCUGGUGGCCAUGCACGUGGCCUACCGGCGGCAUGAGAAGAAGAGAAAAUUCAUCAAGGGUGAGAUGAAGAGCGAGUUCAAAGACCUGGAGGAGCUCAAGAGCCAGAAGGUGCGCAUCCAGGGCUCGCUGUGGUGGACCUACACCAGCAGCAUCUUCUUCCGCAUCAUCUUCGAGGCUGCUUUCAUGUACAUUUUCUACGUCAUGUAUAACGGCUUCCACAUGCAGCGCCUGGUCAAGUGCACCGCCUGGCCUUGCCCCAACUCUGUGGACUGCUUCGUCUCCAGACCCACCGAGAAGACCGUCUUCACCUUCUUCAUGAUUGCUGUCUCUGGCAUUUGCAUCCUGCUCAACGUCACUGAGCUGUGCUACCUGCUCAUUCGGUAUUGUUCCGGCAAAUCCAAGAAACCGGUCUAACGCCUUUCCCUGAACACACACACGCACACACACACACACACACACACACACACACACACACACACACACACACUGGCCAUUAGAGGGUGGGUGAGGCAACCUGCUUAGCUGUCAACCUAGAGAGAUUCUUAUCAGUGGCAUGGCCAUUGAAAAUAUCUGUCUCUCAAGAGACAUCCAAGUGCCUUCAAGGGGAGCUCUCCUCUGCUUUAACCUGAACCCCUAGGCUGGGCUCCCUGCUUUUGUUCCUUCUUUCCUGUUCAAUCCUAUGCUGCUAGGGGGUGUGGAUAUGAGAUGCUUGCUACUUUCCUUUUAUUUUUUUCUGUCUUUUUUAAAAUUUGGUAGCACAGAGAGAAACUGAUAGGGGAGAUAAAGUGAGAGAGAAAGAGAGACUCCUGCACCACUCCUCCACUGUUUUUGAAGAUUCCCUUCUGCAGUUGUGGACAAGGGUUUGAACACGUCCUUGCACAGGGUGACUUGUGCACUCUACCAGUGUGUCACUGCCCAGCCCCAUGUACUGCUUUUUUAAACAGAGUAUCUAGCUUGGUUUCUCUUUCUUUGAGGGAAGGCAACAAGUCCUGGGUUUUGUGGGGGGGGGGUUUUGCUUUGUUUG